UCGUGACCAUCCGAAGGUAGUAAAACGCCCAACAAUGUUGUUACGGUUGGCACUAGCCGGUCUGAUAAUCUCGCUGACAAAUGCCGAAAGAUUUCCAAUUGAAAUAAACCAGUUCGAUACGACAGCAGAACUAACACCCCGUCAGGAUGUCGACGAGAGUUAUCGGCUACCAACGGAGACGGUUCCUACGCACUACACCAUUGAUCUGUGGACAUCGGUCCAUGAUGGCGAACCGGACUUCCGUGGAAGGGUGAAAAUCGACUUGAAAGUAGUUGCCACAACCGAGACAAUAGUCGUUCAUAACCGCGGUUUAACCAUUACGUCAGUUUUGUUGCGUCGAGUAGAGGAAGACCUUCUGGUUGACGUGGAAGAACCAACUUGGAGUCCCGAUGAGCAGAGAGAUUUACUGACCUUCCAGUGUACGUCAUCGCUGGAACUGGGUGACUACCAAUUAUAUAUUGCUUACACAGGUAGACUUCAGACGUCAUCUUCCAGCGGAUUUUUCCGUAAGCUCUAUCGCGAUGAAAAUAACGUUCGGAGGUACAUAGCCUCCACUCAGUUCGAGCCGACGCAUGCCCGAAUGGCGUUCCCGUGCUACGACGAGCCGUCGCUGAAAGCCACAUUUGCCGUGUCGAUUACACACCACAGCAGCUACAAUGCGGUAUCCAAUAUGCCGCCUGACGGUGAACCAGAACCGGACAUUGAGAAUCCUGACUUUGUUACUACCCAUUUCGUAACGACACAGAUUAUGUCCACUUAUCUGCUGGCUUUUGCGGUGACCAAUUUUGAAACCAGAGAACUUACCAAUCAGCAGAUUCACGCACGACCGAAUGCUAUUGAACAGACGGAAUUUGCCUUGCAGGUGGGCGUUGAUGUUCUGUACGCAAUGAAUGUGCACACGGACAUUUCAUACUACAACUACAAACCGAAACUAGCACAGAUUGCUGUUCCAGACUGGGGUAGCGGGGCGAUGGAGAACUGGGGUUUAGUUACAUACGGUGAACCGGUGCUUCUGUUCGAUCCAGCUGUCAACACGUACCGUAACAAAAUCGAUAUUGUUACGAUUAUCGCACACGAGUAUGCCCAUCAGUGGUUCGGGAACUUGGUGACAACCGAUUGGUGGCAGUAUAUUUGGCUGAACGAAGGUUUUGCUACGAUGUACGGAUACCUCGGGGCAGAGCUAGCGUAUCCGGAGGACAACUAUCUGCAGCUGUUCCAGAUUCACUACAUUCAUCCGACUCUCCGAUCAGAUUCGAGCGAUUCGACGCGCCCGAUGAACUGGAAUGCGGCAACACCGGCUGAAAUAUCAGCUUUAUUUGACGGGGUUGCGUACGGAAAAGCUGGUAGUGUUCUCAAUAUGUUCCGUGUGAUUUUGGGUGAGAAUAGUUGGAGAGCUGGUUUGAAAAAAUAUCUACUAAGUCGAGAAUGGGCGGCUGCAACUCCGGAUGAUUUGUACGCUGGACUACAAGCAGCCAUUUCCAGCGAAAGCGCGCUACCAGCAGAUAGUACUGUGAAAGAAGUUAUGGAGACAUGGACAACAGCUGCUGGAUAUCCAGUAUUAAACGUUCGACGCAGCUAUCAGAGCAAAGAUGUGAUUAUAUCGCAGGAACGAUUCUAUGCCGAUAAAGUACUGCCAAAUGAACACGUUUGGUACAUCCCAUAUAACGUUGCAAAUGAGCGCGAUGGUGAUUUUGAACUGAACACAUUCGACUGGCUAACAACAAAGUCCGGAAAAGUGACGAUCGACGUGGAGCCUGAGGAGUGGCUGAUCUUCAAUCGACAGCAAUUCGGAUUCUAUAGAGUUAACUACGAUACUCGAAACUGGCAGUUGCUUACAGAUGCAUUAGUGGCCUCACCGGCAAGUUUCCAUCACCAAAACCGUGCUCAGUUGAUCGAUGAUGCUUUCUAUUUGGCACGUGCAGAUCUACUAGAUUUUGGUGUUGUUCUCGAAAUGAUGUUCGCACUUCGCAACGACUACGCUUAUCUCCCAUGGGCUGCCGGAAACAAUGUUCUAACCUAUCUGUACAACAAGCUGAGAGGAACCGAACAUUACAUACCGUUUGUGUUCUAUGUCAACGAAUUGAUCGGAGAAAUCUACCAAACUCUCGAACUGGUCACUGUAGAUGAGAACGAAUCAUUGGAGGCAAAAUACUUGAAGCAAACGAUCUCAACAUGGGCGUGUAAGAUCGGUAUGUCUGAUUGCCUCUCCCGAACUAAAGAAACAUUCCAGGAAGCUGUUCGUGGAAACCUGGUAGUACACCCGGAUGUUUCGACGGUUGUCUACUGUUACGGCGCACAGUCGGCAAGCGAUGAAGAGUUCAAGUGGUUGUAUCAGCGGAUGUUCGAAUCCAAGAAUCCAGCGGAAAGAACCUUACUAAUUGAUGCAAUGGGUUGCUCAGAACAAAACAAUCAACUGGAAGCUUUCCUAACGACAUCGAUCGGAUCCGGUGUUGGAGUGGAGGUUAACUACUAUGACAGCGAACGUAACCGGGUUGUUCAAGCUGUCUAUUCGGCUAGCCGAACUGGUGUAGAUGCUCUUAUCGAUUUCUUAAACGAUUGGGACAUGGCAGAUGAUUUCAUCUAUUGGCUUGAGCAACCGGUGUUUAACAACGCAAUAGCAGCGAUCGCCUCAAGGAGCAACACACCCGAUGAGUUGGUUCGGCUCGAGGAACUGUUCGUAACGGUCCAAUCUUUGGCACCGACGGCGGUUGUUGAAGCGGCAUUAGCAACCGUACAGGCUAACUUUGACUGGCACGAUAGUCUUGAAGGGUUGAUUGUGGCUGAGUUUUUUGAGAAUUAUUUCAAUGAAAACGAAAAGGUAAUAAUAGUUCAUUACCCGGUGAUGAUUGUGAAAACGGUGGCAAUUUGUAUUUUACUAGCACUCGCUGCAGCUGAUCGCCCACAAUGGCGAAAAGUGGAUGGAGAUCUUGCUCCAGAGCCAGAAAUCGAACUUUUCCAAGCAGUAGAUGAGACCUACAAGCUUCCAACGGUAUCCGUUCCAACCCAUUACAAUCUUUUCCUGAAGACGGCUAUUCAUGAGAACAACCGUGUGUUCAAAGGCACUGUUGAGAUCUUUCUGACGCUGAUGGAACCAUCAGACACCAUUACCGUACAUAAUCGACAGCUGAGCAUAUGGAAAGUUAACUCUUACACCGUAUCCGCAGAGGGAAGAGUAGUGUUCCUGGUUAUACCAACUUUUAAAACUGACCCAACGACCGAGCAUUUGACUUUAACUUUCGGUGGUGAACUGCCAGUUGGAAACUACAUGAUUGAGAUUGAAUUCCAGGGUCAACUUCAAAAUAAUAACAACAUGGGAUUCUUCGCUUCGUCCUACGUUGACAACGACGGUAAACGCAACUAUGUGGCUUCAACCAAGUUCGAACCAACGCAUGCAAGGUCCGCUUUCCCCUGCUACGACGAGCCAAAACUCAAGGCAACUUUCGCACUACAGAUCACGCAUUUUAGAGACUACGAGGCCAUUUCGAAUAUGCCUGCAAACAAUAUAGUCCGAGAGGAUCCGGACGACCCAAACUACGUUAUCACUGUAUUCCCGACAUCAAAAAAAAUGUCCACAUAUCUGUUAGCUUUUGCAGUAACCAAUUUCGCAAGACGUAGCAAUGGAAUUAGUUCGGUCUACGCACGACCUAACGUCUACGAAGAAACAGAAUACCCUCUGCAAACAGGCGUAGAUAUUUUAAGUGCUCUUUCCGAUUACACUGGCGUGUUGUACACGAACUACAUGCCCAAGAUGGCACAGAUCGCCAUCCCAGAUCGGGGCUCAGGUGCAAUGGAGAACUGGGGUCUAGUGGCCUACGGCGAACCUGUCUUGUUAUUCAAUCCAGCGAUAAACACUUAUCGCAAUAAGAAAAGCGUCACCACAAUUAUUGCGCACGAAUUUGCCCAUCAAUGGUUCGGCAAUUUAGUCAGCCCGGACUGGUGGGAUCAUAUAUGGCUGAACGAGGGUUUCGCUACCGUUUACGAAUACCUGGCAGCGCAGCUGGCUUACCCCGAAGAUAACUACUGGGACUUCUGGAAUGUUGAAGUCAUCCACAAUGCCUUUAGUGCCGACGCCCGAGAGAGCGUUCGCCCGAUGACGUGGAACGCGGCUACCCCCAGUGAAAUUGCUGCACUCUUCGAUACCGUGGCGUAUGACAAAGCUGGUAGUGUACUGAAUAUGUUCCGAGUUGUUUUUCAAGAUGACAACUGGAGAGAAGGUUUGCUGGUGUAUCUUCUAAAUAGAGAACUAGAUACUGCGGUAGCUGAUGAUUUGUCCGCAGCACUGCAACAGGUGUUGAACGGGAAGAACAUUCUGCCAGCUGAUCUAACGGUAAAGCAAGCGAUGGAUUCAUGGACGACUGAGCCCGGUUUUCCAAUUCUAAACGUUCGUCGAGAUUAUAAGAAUGGCCAACUUUAUAUAUCUCAGGAGAGGUUUUACAGCGAUCGGCGACUUCCAGGAGAUCACGUUUACCACAUACCGUACAACUAUGCGAUACAGUCAAAGCCAGACUUCACGGCACUUACCUUCGACUGGCUAUCGUCAACUACGGCCAAACUAACCACCGACGCAGCCGCUAACGAAUGGGUCAUCUUCAAUAAACAGCAAACCAGCUACUACCGGGUGAAUUACGAUUCCGAAAACUGGAAACUGAUCAUCAACUCGCUACUACAAGACCCUUCCACUAUACACGUUCAGAACCGUGCUCAGCUGAUUAACGAUGCGUACAAUUUGGCCCGUGCAGAUCGCAUAGACAUGGCAGUAGCACUGGAACUGAUGACCUACCUCAAAAAGGAGUACGCCUACCCGCCAUGGGCGGCCGCCGGUACGGUGCUAACAUAUUUCAACAACAAACUGCGUGGAACGGAACAGUACUCCAAAUUCAUUGCCUACGUUCAAGAGCUUGUGCUGCCAAUCUACGUAAACCUACCGGUUGACAGCGUGUCCGAGAACGAAACCCUACUCGGAAAAUACUUGCGACAAAUCAUCACGACCUGGGCUUGCCGUAUUGGUCACGAGGACUGCCUAGUGCGUAUGAAAGCUGCAUUAGAACGAGCGGUUCAGAGUAACACACCUGUGCAUCCGGAUAUUGCUAACGUCGUGUAUUGCUACGGUCUGCACGAAACGGCCGGAACAGAGUUCGUUUGGUUGUACGAAAAGAUGCUUGCGUCCAAGAAUCAGGCCGAGCGAGCGCUCCUGAUCGAUUCGUUAGCGUGCUCGCAGAACAAGGAACAUCUUAAAGAUUUCCUGAUGACAUCGAUCGGUUCCGGAGCAACGUUCAACUAUCUGGAAACGGAACGUACGCGUAUUAUUAGCUCUGUCUACAGUGCCAGCCGGGUGGGAGUCGAUGCGCUGAUCGACUUCCUUUCGAAUGAUAACAUCAUCGACGAAAUAAUCUCUCGCUUGGGAAAGAGUGUGGUGGAAAAUGCCGUUGUCAACAUCGCGUCCCGUACUAACAACAACGAAGAGCUAGCACUGCUUAAUGAUUUGUUGAAAAAACUGGAGAACAAAAUUAGCAGCAGCACGAUCGCUUCCGUCGCAUCAAUCCACUUCAACAACGUGGGCUGGUUCAACUCCUUGGAAGGAUUGAUCGCUGAAGAGUUUUUCGAAAAAUACACGUCAAUAUAGAUAGGGUUAAAAUGAAAUAUCGUUUUUUUUUCUAUAAUAAAAAUUUAUUGUUCUGCUAAGAAUGCACAAACGUAAGCGCUAGUCUUAACUAAAUCAAUGC